UGUGUUUCCGUGUGUUUCCGUGUCUUCCGUGUGCUUCCGUGUGCUUACCUGCGCGUUCACUCGUCUGGCUCUGUGGGAGAUAAGUGCUUGUUUAGAAACAGUGCUCAAAGGGACAAAGACCCCUGAACUGUAAGUUACGGAGCUUGUUUAGAAGAGCCUGUCAAUUCCUGGCGAGGUAACCAGUGCUGGAAAUCACGGUAAAGGUCCUUGUCGCUGUUGUGAGACAGCGGUGUUGCUGCAUUGUUUUGGUUUCGGAAAGAUAAAAGGAUACAUGUUCACUUCGAGUAGAAAGGAGCAUGUUCCCAAAUUCUUCCAACUUGGGUCGUCCACCCUUUCCUCCAAAAUAUCAACAACAGAGUACUUUCUUCACUAAACUUCCUGUAAAUAUACCUCCUACUCUUCUUUCUCCCCAGCAAAUUGUCGUUCCUACGUUUCAUUUUCGCAGCGCAGUUCUUUCUAGAGCUGUUUUGAAUGGGAGCAUUGAAGUUACUCCAGUUGUUACUCCAGUUGUUAAACCAGUGACUUAUAGAAGUGGCAGUCCAGUGUCUACGUCAGAUGUCCUGACGUCAUUUCAAGGAAGAAAGAGACAAAGUCAACAGCGUGUUCCAGAUGAUGCCAAACGGCAGAGGAUUCAUUCCCAUGAUUCUGAUACAGCUGUAGUUAACCAAGCAGUGCCUUUGCCAGAAGAAGGUAGACGCUCCUUCCCAGCUUCAGUUUCAGUUCCGUCUCCAGUGUUGCAUGCUCAUGGCUCGCCAGUCUUACUUGGAUGUGUCCCUCCUUUUCAAGAUACUUUGUUUCCAGCUCCUACAGAAAUCAAGCUCCCUGUUGCCAAGGACGAGUUAAGUAAACAGGUUUUGGAGUGGUUUCAAGUAUGUUGUCAGCAGCCCUCUGAUUUGAACAGAAAAGAACUUUGCAGAAAAGAACUCCAGAGAGAAAUUCAGCUAAUUUUUCCACAGAGCAGACUUUUUUUGGUUGGGUCCUCACUGAAUGGAUUUGGCACUCGUACUAGUGAUGGUGAUUUGUGCCUGGUGGUUAAAGAAGAACCAGUGAAUCAGAAGACCGAAGCAAGACAUAUACUCAGCUUAGUCCAAAAACUCUUCACUACUAAACUUUCAAGCUACAUUGAGCGACCUCAGCUGAUCAGAGCAAAAGUGCCAAUAGUGAAAUUCAGGGAUAAAGUCAGCAAUGUGGAUUUCGACUUGAAUGUAAACAAUGUGAUAGGUAUAAGAAAUACAUUCCUUCUGAGAAGCUAUGCAUUCAUUGAGAAUCGAGUUCGUCCAUUAGUACUUGUUAUUAAGAAGUGGGCAAGUUUUCAUGAGAUAAAUGAUGCCAGUCGUGGUACUUUAAACAGCUACAGUCUUGUGUUGAUGGUUUUGCACUAUUUACAGACCUUACCUGAACCCAUCCUUCCAUCCCUCCAAAAAAAUUACCCAGAAUGUUUUGAUCCUACUAUGCAGUUGCAUUUUGUUCAUCAAGCUCCACGUACCAUUCCUCCUUACGUCUCAAAAAAUGGAUCAAGCCUUGGAGAUUUGCUAAUAGGCUUCUUCAAAUAUUAUGCCACAGAAUUUGAUUGGAGCCAUCAAAUGAUUUCAGUUCGUGAGGCCAAGGCUAUUGCAAGACCUGAUGGUAUUGAAUGGAGAAACAAAUUUAUUUGUGUAGAAGAGCCCUUUGAUGGGACAAAUACUGCUAGAGCUGUACAUGAGAAACAGAAGUAUGAUAUGAUCAGAGGUGAAAUUGCACAGGCUUGGCGGUUAUUACGAGACAAGAAAGACCUGAACUGUAUAUUACCUUUAAAAGCAAUCAAACAGAAAAGAUAACUAGCUUCUUUCAUUUUCCCUUUUUUUGGAUCCUGCUGAAACAAAGAACAGAGACAAAAUCAGGAGGCAUUUACCCCAUGGUUUUUAUGACCUGUUUUUCUCUGUAAACUUUUGUUAAGAAAAUGUUUAUAAGGAUGUGGCAUAUUUUAUUAUCAGUAUUUGUUAAUAGAGCUGUUCAAAAUACGCUUUCUGAAAAUGCUUGUAUUGUUGACUUCUAGAAGAAACUCAGAGCAAACAAGAAUUCAUCUAUUUUAAGGAAAUUAUGGGGAUAUACUGACUUUUUUCUUGUGUGAUCUGUGUAACCAUUAUUUCAGACAGAUUUAACCAUGAAAUAUAGACAAAGUUAAACAUGUGCAAAUCUGACUACAUCCUUAAGGCACUGUGCACUACCAAUUUCUUGAUGAACAGAGAGUGUGUGCUUUACAUCUGCUGAAUUGCUUUAAACACUUCUGCUCAACUUAGCACUUUCCUGUUUUAUUUCACUUUUAUAACAAGCAGCUGUUCAUGAAAAUGAAGCUAGAUUAUGGUUGGUAGUACUCUGAAUAUCAAGAACUAUAAUCUAAACCAGAAUUUUCAAGCAAUAGUUGUACUAUGAAGAAGUUGAAAUAAAAAAGCUCUAUUCAAUGCACAUAAAUGCUUCACAUUCACACAGAGUAGGAAGGAAAACUUUUUGUGCUUCCUUAUACAUAUUUGAAGUAAUAGUGGUGCCUCUUUUGGAGAAAAAGACCAAAUCAAAAUCAAAACACCUCACAUCAUGCUAAAAUAAGCCAGGCUUCUCAUUUGAUUUUGUGUAAAUGUUUGUGAAUUGAUUAGCCACCGUAAAUUGAAUCUAAGUAAUAUUGAAAAUUACAGCUCUUCCAAAAAACUUGCAAACCUUCUCUUAGACCUCCUAUAGUACAAUUUGUGUCUCUCAUAUAUUUGUUACUGAAGACCAAUUAAUUUUUAAGGUUGUAUUUACCACUGAAGUCAAAUUCAUACUUCCAUUUUUUUAAGUUUAAUAUUUUAUAUGGUGUCCAGUGGAAUAAAGUUUAUACAUGGAAGAUACGGGUUAUUUUUCCAAUCUAUGUUAUUUUGUACUGUGUAUUUAAAGUAUUUCCUAUACUUAAGUAGAAUAGGAAAUGCUCCACAAGAAGGCCCACGUUGCAAUUCAUCAAGAUCUAUCACAGCUAUUCUGCAGUACAUCUGUGAAUAGACAAAGGUUUGGUUUAUUACUUUCUUUAACAAGAUUGUGAAAACUCUUCUAACUGUAGAAUAACAAGCAUUAUGUCAUGUUGUAAAAAUUUAUUUAGAAGUUCUUAGUAGUGUAAACUAUAUGCCUGAUGUGAGAUUUCUUCCUACACACUUCCACAUGGUCCAGUCUAUGUAGAAUUUUGCCUUUAUUCUGCAAUUGACUUUUCUUCUGCAAUUUUAACUGUCUUUCAAUUUUAAUAUGGUUCUGGAAGUCCACUGAAAUAUUCUUCCUCCUUGCACAUGUUCACCCUCACUGCCCUUUUUCUAUAGGAUGGUAGACUUUAGUAUCAGUGGAACAUUCACUUUGAUUCACUUUAUGUAAAAUUGAAGCACAAGAUUUUAGGACAGGAUGAUGUCUGGAUUCAAAGAUGCUCUACAAGCUCUAUGUAGAUUCUGGGAAAAAAGAAUCUUCUUAAAAAACGUAUUCUUUGUCUAGAAAAUUUCAAACUUUCCCAACCUAGGAUAAAUAAGAAGGGACAUAAAUGUUUAAAGUUAAAUAUGUUUUAAGUGAGCUGAGUGUGAGCAACCAAACUUUAUAAAAGGCAUAAAACUUCCUUAUGAGUUUGUAUUGCAUCACCUAAUGUGUCAACAUUUCUUACACCUUAAACUAAUGCUUCAUGUUUAACUUAAUUCCUAACUGUUUUUAAAAGGUUAGUUUAAAACAUUGUGGUAUCUCUGAGCUACUCUGUAAAAAAUGCCCUACAAUUAAGUGGUGUUUUUAAUACAAGUUAAGGUCUGUAACCACAACAGUCUGUGUCUUUCAAAAGAAUCCUUUUGGUUUUUUUUUUCUCAAGUUUAUGUCCUUCUGAUAAACCAUGUCUAUAACCAGAAAAUCUAGAUGGUAGUUUUCCCCAGUUUUUUCGGAGCAGACCUGUUGAUAGCAUAUUUGUUAAAUAGUGGGCUGCAACUUUUGUCAGAAAUUUUCAGAUGUAAUACCACAAACUAAAUGGCUUGGGGAGAGUGGGUAGGAGCUGGGCUUUAACUUUGGAUUCAGUUCCAUAUAGUCUGAAGUUGUUCAAGGUUUAAUGACCUGCAUUGUCAUCUACUCUGGGCAAGUAUUCAGGAUAAAAAAUUCAGUAAUGGCUACCAUAAAUUUUAGUGUUAGGGUAAAAUUUUCAACUUUCCUUCACUUAAAAAUAAAAACUUUUACCUUCUUAAACCUUGGCAUACAUCCUAGUAGGAGUAGUUUUUUCUGAGAGAUCUCUGGUAAAAGGUAUUUUUCACAGCUGAUCAAGGUGUCAGUGCACGUGCAAGAUGCUGAUUUCUGUGGGAUUUGUUAUUGCCUUGAAAUAAAGUUGCUUUAGUUCAGCACUUACAUUUAUUUAAUUUGGGUUUUCUUGUUGGUUCUCACCUCAUGUGUCAGAAACCACUGAUGUCUUCUCUAGGAUUUUAAGAACUCCCCUUAGUCCUUCAGGACUAAAUUAACAGGCUCAAAGGUGCACAGUAGGACCAAACAUUGGCAAGAGCUUCACAUUUGGUGACAGUAAUGCAGAACUAGCAUAGGCUAUGCACUGUGAAAUGUAAAGUUUCUCUUCCAGGUCUUGCUCUCACUUGUCUUGAAAUGUGAAUGUGUAAGUGAACUCUCAGUACCUUUAAGUGUGUUGACAGUAUAAGGUGUUACUUUUUAAAAAUCGCAAAGAAAUCAAUAUAAAUCAAUUUUAAGACUCACAUUGCAGGGUGACAUGGUCAUUUGGGAAAAACGGGCAGUGAUGGUAAAAUGAUUAAGAUGAUUUGUAGAAAACCUGAAGUUAGCAUUUGCAAAUACAUUAUAUUUGUGAAUCCCAAACAUUUAUUUGGAACUGGUGCUUUACUUGAACUUGUGUUACUGGAUUUGAGUCACAAUAUAUUUGAUGUUAAAUUUAAGUCCAUCAGAGAAUGUCACUCUUGAUUUAUUGUACUGUACUUGCUAUGGGUUGUCUUGUAUUUUGUGGUUCAGGGUUUUUUUUGCCUUGCUCUCUGUAGUCCUUGUGUGUUCAGAUAUAAAUAUUUCCAUUGAUUUUACUGAGUAUGAUGCUUGUCUGAAGAGCAUGAAAGAAUGUGGAAUUUUACAGGUCAAAUUCACUUAUGAGAAGUACAGAUGGAAAUAAGUUGAAGGGUUUCUGGUAAGGGUUGAAGGGUUUCUUGCUGUGCUGAAGACUGAAUCAAAACUUGUGCAAUGUAUGUAUGUUUUGUCUAUAAGCAUUUUUAGAAGAUUUGUAAAACUCUUGCCUUCCACAUGAAAUCUAAGGAAGAGUACUUAAUAUUCUUUACAUUUUGCUGUAUACACUGUCUAUGCUCAUUAUGAAAUAUAGAGUUUAAUUUAGUUUAAUAUCUGUUUCAAAUACACUUUUCAAAAAAUUACAUUGUCACCUUGUAUAUUGUGUAUGUAUAUUGUGUAUUGUGUGGGUCAAGAGAGCAGAAAGACCUGUACAUACUGUUUUGGAAUAUCAGGAGAAUUUUGAGGUAGCUUGUAGUCAGAAGUACAUGGGUGGGUGUUCUAUACUUACAGCACUCUUAAGGAAGAGUUUGCUGAUUGAUUUAUAACCCCAUAUUUAUUUGAAGAACAAUGAAAAAAAAAGCUGGGGGCAUUGGAGUUACUGUGCAUACAGUCAUUUAUACUUGAGAUAUCUUGGAAGUUCUUAGAAUCAGGGGUUUAGUGCUUUUCCUUCUCUUCUAAUUUUUUUUUUUUAAUAAAGUCAUUCUUUUGACUAACACAGAUUAGAAAUAUUUCUGUUUUGUUUGUGAAAAGCACUGCAUUUUGUGUAAAAUGCAGAAUAAUAAAGUAUAACAGGCUUAAUCUAAACUCUG